AUGGCUUUUAAUUGGACUCGCAAAAGAUCUAUGCCUGUUGUCAACGGCCCAAUCUCCGGAAACGAAGAUCGUUUGGCUAGUGAUGCCUCGCUAAAAGCUGCACAGGCCAUCUUCAAGAAACAUGAAGCCCCAGUAGUUAGGAAUGAUUCUCCAAGUUACGCACCUGUGAAGAGCCAACAGAGGAGGGCUACUAGAUCGAGGCAGCAAACACCAAACGUUGUCCAGAAGCCAAAGGCUGUGAUUGCAGUCCCCCACCCUCGACCCUGUAAAAAAGUACUACCUCCGGGCAAGAGCGCUUCGAAGAGUACUCUCACUGCAGCUCAAGCUGCUGCAGCUACUGCGCAAAAGAGCAUAAUCACGGUGGAGCCUCAGAACAAGUCGAAAGCUACGAGGUUGAGUCGCUUUUGGGGCUCUCCUUCAAAUGAAUCGAAGACUCCUCCAGUAACUUUACCUCAUAGAAGCAGUUCUGUUUCCGACUCUCUACACAGUCAUGUCUCUACAAAGAGUUCACAGACGGAUGAUUUUGCUGAUAUUGUGGCUCAGUUGCAGGGGAGCAAAGAUAAUUUGGCUCCUUACAAGAACGGCAGACAUGGUAUAUCUGGAAGCUUGUCCCCGAGAGCCAAUACUUCUACAGACAGCGUUAUCUCAUUGAACACUAGCUCGGAUGAUGUGAAUCGUCUCCCUUCUAAAAGUGGGCAAAGCGGUCCGCCGCUUCUGUCAAGACAAACAACUCGCAAUGGGAAAGGAGUGGUUGGUUCUCAAUUAAGCGAACUUGAAAAUAGCUCUUCUGGCAGGCCACAGGAGUCUCCUGUCUUUCUUUCUGCCAAGGCAAUGUCUAGUCGCACACUGACCGCUAAGAGGCCAUUACCUCAAGGUCAAACAAAAGAGGAGUCUGAUGAUAACAUAUCAAUCUCUUCUAUGCAAUCUUCCGCAUUUUCUGGCUUACCCUCGGCAGGUGUUGAGCCUUCGAGCGAUCAAGAAUUCUCCGAAUUCAGCGUUUCGCCGCGAGUAGAUUCUUAUAGACACGAAUUAGCAAGGUCUUCCAUAGACCAAAGCAGCGGGAUAGCUGAUGCUAACUCAGAUCGCUUGUCUUGUGACACGCUUCCCAAGCGCCCACCUCACAUUAGAAAUCAUAGUACGUUACCGGACUUGAUACCGAAUCAUCAGCGAGAUAAAAAGAAGGGCCGAUUAAGUUCUAUCUUUGGAAGGAAGAACAAAUCCGGCGAACCGGAUAAUACUAGCAGCAGCAAUGGUGCUGCCACUGAAAAUGGAGCAGUGGCAAAAAAUAACCAGCCCAUACGUUUGAAAACCACAAUGCGAACAAAUAGCAACAACUACGAAGAGUCUGGCCCUGAAGAGAGUAGUGAUGAAUAUGAAAGCGGUUCUGAAAACGAUGAUUUUAAUGGUACGGGCAAGAAAAAGAAGUCUAAGAGAAGUCGAGUUCGCAUUCGUAAACACAUCAAGAAAGCAUCGGGACAUACUAAUUCACAAAAAAAGGGCUUUAACGAGGACAAGCCGUGGAAGAGCCACAUCGAUAUUGGGUUUGUUACACAAGCUGAACGGAAACGAUACGAAGGAAUGUGGGUAACGAACCGAAAUUGUUACCUCGAGCUACUCCCUUGGUGGGAGGAAGAUCAUGUUCGGGAGGAAUAUGUACCAGAUGAAGGUUUAAUUUUGAAUUUGGUAGUGCUGGCAAUCUGGAGCAGGAGCAACCUGCCGCAAGACAAACUUGCCACUAUCUACGACAUGGUGGAUACUCGCUGCGACGGUACCCUGGAGAGAAAAUCUUUCAUUGUGGGCAUGUGGCUUGUGGAUCAAAGUCUGUAUGGGCGGAAACUACCUUCCAAAAUUCAACCUAGAGUGUGGGAAAGUGUUGAUAGAUUCAUUAUAAAUGUGCCUAACGAGGCACAGCUGGGAUUGAAGCGUAAGGACAAGCAAAAACAAAUGAAGCAAGAAAUGAAAACAUUGAAAAAAGAGCUCAAGCGUGCUCAACUGUAA